UACAAAUUUCCCAAUUCUUAAGAAUAAAAAAAAAUGGAAAUCUUCGUUUAAAACUAGAAAUCAAAAAACUUGUAUAAAAAAAAAAUCCUUCUACUCUCAUUCACUGUACUCUCUCCGUAGUAUUAACUUAUUGGAUUCGAAUUCGAUCAUGAAGGCGUCGAUGAAGUUUCGGGAAGAGCAAAAGCCUCUUUUUAGGGCUAAGGUUCCUCUCAGUAUCUUAGGUUUACCUUUUCAAUCUGGAAUCGUCGCCGGAGAAUCAAAGGAGCUCAGCCUCAGCCUCUCUACGUUCUUCGAAUCUGGACCUUCUCUCAAAGUCGCUUACCGUCCCAACGAUUCGUGGAACCCUUUCUCGCUGAUCGUCAAAACCGGGACGGGAUCUUUCGGUUCGCCGACGUCAAGCUCCAUGCUCAUGAGCGCUGAAUUCAAUCUUUUAGGUAAAGGGAACCCUAGCUUUAUGCUUCACUUCAAACCUCAAUUCGGCGAUUUCUCUAUCAAAAAGUCUCAUUCCUCGUCUGGAUUCGAGAUCAAAUCGAUGAAUGGAUCUGUUUCGGAAGAGGAUUCGUCGAUUGAGGUGGUCGAUAGUCCUGCGGUCAACGGAUGCGGCGGAGGAUUUAGGAAAGUCACGGUUCUGCCUUCGACUUCUGCCGGAGAUAUCGCUGGUUUGCUCUCAGGCGUCGAGGUCGCGGCGAGGACGUCUCUGCCUGUGAGAGGACGCGCCGUUUUGAAUUUCCGGUGGGGCGUUAGGGUUCCUACGGAGAUCAGACGCGAUUUUGAUCCAACGGCUGCGAUUUCGCUGAGGAGGUUCCCGUUUUUGGUGAUGAAUAAAAUCGGAAUCGAACACGUGGACGGCUCAGAUGCUAAAUUGACCAAGUCCACGAGCGAUCCGGGUAAAGUUUCGGGUCCUGGUCAACUCACUAGUAGUGGUGACGUGGCGGAGGUGUGUUUGGCCGUGAAUCGGCAGAUGGAGGAGCUUCGAACGGAGAACAAACAGUUAAAGAGAGCCGUAGACGAUCUCCGUGAAGUGAUGAUCUCAAACUUCAGGCCAUACUCGCCGGCGACAAUAGAUUACGGAUCGCACUCAAAGUACCGCGAACCCGAGAGGAGCAACAAUGGCGGAAGAUCGAGAGCUGAUCGGUGGAGCAGCGAGAGAACGACGACGUCGGAUUACGGCGGUAAGAAAAGCAAGGAAGAGGGUGACGUAGCAGAGGAGCUGAAGAAAGCCUUGAAAGGAGCAGCUUGAAGCUUCUAAUAAUGGUAAUCUUGAAUUGCAAAACUACAUUUGUCGACUUAAUUUAGCUAUUGCUUUUGUAUAUAUUUGCAGUAAACUUGUUUUUUUUGGGAUCUUUUGUUGGAAUCUUCAGAGUUCUUUUUUAUAUGAGAUUAUGCUUUGGAACUGUCUUUGUCGGAAACUGGUUUAGCGUGUUGAGUUUAUUUGAAUCCGUCCGUAUUAUAUCAUCAAUCAAUGUAUUGCUUGAUGGUGAACUAUGAGCUUGAAUAAUAAUAUAUUCUGAUGGUGGCA